AUGGCUGAUCCCAAGUCCAAGAACGUCAAUGGCAACCAUGCCAAUGGCAAUCAUGUCUCUGAUAAGACGUCUACCAAGCAAUCCAAGCUGCGACAGCUCCUUAUCCUAGCAAAGGAGGUGUCCAAGGACGCCGAGGCAAUCCAAGACUAUGAAAAGUCAGUCGAGGGGAGGAAAGCGCUGGAGCAGGAGCUCGAGGCCAAGCAGGGCGAGAACCAGCGCCUCCGCGAGCUGAACAACCAGGUGAUGCGCGAUCUGACAGACCAAAAGAACCAGGCGAGUGCCGCAAGCGCCGCGAGCGAAACACUUGUUGCCACGUUUGAGCAAAAGUUCAAGACUUACGAGUCUAACAAGGCCGCGGUGGAGGCUAUGGAGGCAGAGGUUGCCGAGGUGAGGGAGAAGCUGGCUGCGUCGGACGCGGCGCAGAAGGGGAGGGACGGGGAGUUGGAGAAGUUGAAGCAGAGGGUCAAGACUUUUGAAGAGGAUGAAAAGAGUCAUGUUGAUGAGAUGAGGGAGAUGAAUGCUGAGUGUGAGCUUCAUCGGUCGAGGAUGCAGGCUAGUGAUGCGGAGCUUGAAGUGUGUAAGAAGAAGCUUGGCGAGGCUCAGAGUGAUCUUGGAGAAGGCAUCUUGAGAGAGUUUGGCUUGGAAGAGUUGAAGAAACUACGCCUCGACCUUGCAGAUCUCUUGGAAAAGGUUCAUGGCUUUGUCAAUGAGUACUUUAACGACCACGACGGCGCAGAGGACUCUGCUAGUGAGAUUCUGGAGCUGAGCAUUCGCUUCCCCAAGAUCCCUCUCUCGACCCGCACAACCCGAGCCGCUGCCAAGAUGCGCUGCGCCGUUGCUGACGCCGUCAUCGCCGAGACGCUCCUGGCACACGUCUUUGUCCCAUUCUACGUCCCUAACGAGAUCAAGACCACGGCAUCAGCCAUGCUUGAUUUCUUUGAAGGAGACGAGAGGCGGCAGACUGUGUAUCGGUGCCAGAUCCUCGGGUCCGUGUCUGACUUGGAGCAAGGGGACCAGAUCCGAGAGGACAUUGUUCGUAAGGCGAGCAAUGAGGUUCGAACCACGCUGCAUCCACUUGUUGUAGCGUACAAGCAGGCCGGUUUUUACAAUGCUGUGCCAUCUCUGUUUCGACAGGCUGUUGGGCUCUGGGCUGACGCGCAGUGUUCCCGUGAUCUUAUCACGGCCAAUGUUCCGGAUGACGAGGAAGCCAGCCAUCACAAGGACUACAAUCCUUCCAGCACCGACAAGCCGGCAGCGAGCAGCGCAAAGCCGUCAUCAUUGGCGGUGCUGUUCCCGCAGGUCGUCACCCGGAGCGAGGUCAUAUUUGAGGGCGUGGUCCUCAAUUCCGAUCAGGGCACGGUGCUGGAAGCCCGGGAGGAGAUGCGGGCCAAUGGGACUCCCAAGAAGAAGACCGGAACGCGACGGAGGCCGUCUGCCGAUGCUCCGCUCCGGAGAUAG